GAUGGCACCUGCGUUUUGUUCUGAUGCUGGAUCCAGUAUGAUGGUGAGAGAACAGGGAAAAGGAACAAGGAUCUGAACUCUACAGCCCAGUAGAGUCUCUGAGGACUGUAUGAACACAUAGAUGGAGGGAAUGACACUUGUCUUCAAUAUGAAGUGAACUGAUAAAAGGGGUUCAUGGCCCCCUAACACUCACCUAACCCCACCUUGGUUAACAGAUCUCUUGGGUGUUUGGAAGCUUUGUGUUGCCAAGAUGAUGCAGCAGAUUUUGAGGGACAUGUACAUCGAUCCGGACCUGCUGGCGGAGCUCAACGAGGAGCAGAAGCAUAUCCUAUUCUAUAAGAUCCGCCAGGAGCAGGUGAGGCGCUGGGAUGAGAGGGAGAACCGAGAGAACCAGGAGAACCAGGACCAGGGAAAGAAGGGUGAGUCUGGGAGAAGUAUCCAGUGGCUGCAGGGCUGCGAUGGGGAUGUGUGGGUGUGGGUGAUGGGCGACGCUCCUGGGGAUAAGCCUUAUGAGGACAUCAUCAAGGAGCUGAUGGGGGAGAAAGCCAGACGGCAGGCUCAGCAGGAGGCCAAGGAGCUCUGGCGAACCAAAGAGGCUGAGAUCGAGGAGAAGUUCCGGGAUGCUAUGGCGAAGGAGAAGGCCCGUUUUGUGGCAGGGAAGUGGAAAGAAGAAACAGAGGACAGGAAGGCUGCCAAGCAGGAAGAGGAACACAUCCAGGAGUCUCUCAAGAAACGAGAGGAGGAGGAGAGACAGCAAGGUGAGGAGGAGAUAAAACGUGCAGAGGAGAAGAGAGCGAGGGAGCUGUAUAUCUCCCUAGAGCAGGAACAGAGAAGGAGUGAGAAGGAUGACAAGGAAUGGGAGGAGCAACUGCGGCGCUCUAAGAUGGCUGACCAGGAGAUGCAGAGAAAAGCAAGGCGGGCACGGGAUGAGUACAAGCGCCAGUCCCUGCGGGCUAUAGAGAAGGGCCGUGUGGCAGGGCUCAGUGGGCUGUUCCAGCAGGGCCCAGUGGUGGGGAACGAACCAACAGCAGCCCCCUUCAGGAGAUACAGCAACGUGCUAGAGUCCUCCUCCUCCACCACCCACCGCCCCGGCCUCCAGCCUGCUACUCCUCCACUGUACCGCCGUAGACAGAGCCAAAGGCACAGCACCAUUGUUACACAGCCACUGAUGGACAGUCCUGCCUGGGUGAGAGCCCCCCGGCCCAGCUCCAAAGAGUGUGUUUUGCUGUGGUUCAAAGAAGAGCAGAUGCCCAAACAGGCUGGCUAUGAGCGCAACAGCACCACCAUCGCCCCCUGGUUCCACGGUCUGAUUUCCAGACAGGAGUCAGAGACCCUGCUGAUGAACACAGCAGAGGGCUCCUUCCUGGUGAGGGUGAGUGACAGGAUCUGGGGCUACACGCUGUCCUAUCGCACGGCCGACGUCUUCAAACACUUCCUGAUCGACGCAUCAGGAGACUACUACAGCUUCCUGGGUGUGGACCAGAACCGCCACGCCACCUUGGCUGACCUCAUCGACUUCCACAAGACAAUUCCUGGGCGAGGAAAGGACUCCCGUAUAGUUGGGGACGGCACCAGAGUGGUGGAGACUGUGGUCAUUCUGAUAAUGUGGCGGUUCAAGAACGAACGCUGGAGGAACAGCAGCUACAAAAAGUCCACCUCAUUGAGGAAAACUGGAAGCUACGAGGAGGAGCUAACAGAAGAUGACGACAUCAAAACCUACCUCUGUACGUUUGAACGGACAGCACUAUGGGAAGGAUGGCAAAGGCAGAAGUGGACCAGUCUGCUGGCCCCGUUCCUAUCUGGGAAUGCCCAAAAGGCGUAUUGGGACCUGAACGAUGAACAGGCGGCUAACUACGACGGACUCAAACAGGAGAUACUCAGCCGCUACGGACAAAGUGUUCCUGGAUCGCUUCCUCCGGGCACUACCCCACGACAUGAAGAGGGCAGCGAGUCUAGGCGCGCCCCAGACCUUGGAGGGCUGAGUGGGAGCCAGGCCGAGUCGGCGACCCGUUCGGGGAGUCAGAAGGACAGCCCCAAUGCUGUGUACCCUGAACCAACAACUGGGAGCAAACGGUUAAUCAACCUGCAUCUACGGGUCCAGAGUUGGAGGGGGGGGCUGGAACCUGACCCCCCUGGGGAACCACGGGAGGAAGAGCCCAGCCUCCCCCUCCUCGAUUUCGAGGGGCCAGUCAAGAUACCCCUUGGGGGCCAACUGAGGCGACAAUUCGGCACGGCCCAGUGGGAGGAUCCUAACUUGAAAGCCGCCGCAGUCCAAGUGAUAGCAGUGGAUGGACAGCUACUUCCAGGGGCGGAGGUAUCCAAGGCAAUCACCCUGGAGCUGUUCCACCUCUUUAGCCGGAUCAAGCAGAUCCGGACCUCUGUCUUCCACCCGCAGACGGAGGGGCUCGUCGAGCGGUUCAAUAAAAUGCUCAAACAAAUGCUGCGGAAGGUCAUCGAGCAGGAUCUAAUCCUACUCUGUCCGUGUCUGAUCUGUGAGGAGGUGAUCACCACAUCAGGAGGAGAGCUUCUGCAGGAGGCAUGUAAAUGUACAGUCUCAGCCACGGACUAUGGGGGGCUCUUCCAAUGA